GCAAAGUGAAAAUAACUGUGUAUACAUAGUACAUAAAUACAUAAUUAUAUAUGAAGCAGCCAUAUGUACAUUGUAAACAUGCAGACGAAUGCUGCUUUGACCUUGCUGAACUUGAACCUGAAAGAACGUGAAAAAAUUUGAACGUGAAACUAUUGCUGCAACCGAAUGCAGCAGUCGUCAUUAAUACGUACAUAUGUACACGAGUGCAACCAAAUCUCAGCACUUGUUUGCGCGCGUGGGUGUGUGUGCGUGUGCUUGUGUGUUUGCAAAAGCAAUUCACUGCUGCUAAUACUAAACGUAAUAUAAAAACAAAACUUGUGCCAACUUUAAAAUAUUUAGUCAUAGACAUUCAGUCACUGCGCGAGUUGCAUUCGUGACUAUCAACGCAUUCGCCAAAUUCUUGUUACAACAAAGCACUAGUUCGUGUAUUCUUAGUGCCGUCGUCAUAGAUUGCCGGUAGUAAAGUUAAUGACAAUAAAAAAUUAAAACAACAAACAACAGCAACAAAGCAAAUAUUGUGGUGCAAAUAUGAAAUUUUGAUUUGUGUUUAGCAAUAAAAAGUGCAUUGGCGUUUUUACCACCCCUUAGUGGCAAGUGUAUGUGUAAUAUAUGUGAUAUAUGCAUGUACAUAGAAAAAAUGUAUCUACGUACAUACAGCACUUAAACUAGGCGAAUGAUAAUUGCGUUGUUCUUCAAACAAAUUUAUUUCAACAAUUUCACAUUGCUUUGAAAGGCUUUCGGUCAAUAAAUAUCAAUGAGUGAUGGAAAAAGUAACGGCAUGCGACAACAGCGAUCAAGUCUAUCGCGCGACAAUAUUACCCAACACCAAAAACAACGAUGGCUUAGAUAAUAGUAAAAAGCCGGCAGCAGCGACGUCACAGUCACAGGCGAAGCCAAAGAAAGUGCGUCGCGACAAAAGUGAUUUGGGUGAGAAUUUCAAAGCGCCAGAUGGCGGAUGGGCAUGGUUGGUGUGCAUCGCUGCCGGUUGUUCGAACCUGUCGAUCUAUCCAUGUCUGCAGCAGUUCGGUUUUAUAUUCCGCGAACGUUUAGGCGUUCUAGGCCUAACCAGUUCACAAAUCACAACAAUUAUUAAUACGAAUCCGGCUGUGUCGGCGUGUACAGGACUCUUAAAUGGGCCAAUGUUUCGACGCUUCACCUUUCGCCAGGUUGCCUUAGCAGGUUCAUUUUUCAUCUUCGCGGGUCUAAUGUUAACAGCCUUUUGCGAAUCCUUCAUCGGCUACAUGAUAACCUAUGCAUUGCUCUUUGGCUUUGGUGUCGGCAUUAGCGUGUCCGCCUCGUCACUUGCCAUAAACACAUACUUCAAGAACAAAAGGCGUCGCGCAGCUGGCUUUUCGUGGACACUCACUGGCCUAGGGCCGAUUUUCUUGCCACACGUAGUCACACUAUUUGUUGCGUAUUAUGGUGUACAAGGAACCGUGAUCAUAUUCGCCGCACUCUCUUUGCAUUCUAUGGUUUGUGCACUCAUCUAUCAGCCGGUGCGCUAUCAUGCACCACCACCCGAUACGCCCGAAGCGGCCGGAGAUUCGGGCAUCGCGGCCGGCGAAGCGGAAUAUCUCUGUGAAUACUGUCAAAUACAAUGCAAACGUAACGGCAUCUUCUCCAGCCAAUACUUGUAUCAGGACGAUGACGAAGCUAUGCCUGGGUAUGAAAUAAUCGAGCCGGGCACGCCGAUGUUGUCCCGCGCCAAUGACGGUUGGUUCGGUUCGAAGUUGUCGUUGGCCUCAAUGCAUAGAGCGGGUACACCACGCUUUCGUACCGUCUCCAGUUCAAAAGAUAUCGAAGGUAUAACACGACUCAAUCGUGUGAUAUCUGAGGAAGAACUGAAGACGGCCGAGGUUUACAAACCGAACAACUUCAAACGUGAACGAGACGAAGUGCUUAUGAAGCAAUCGGCUAGCAAUGGCAACAUUCGUGCGCCACCACAUCAUGGUAGCUUGCAUGGUAAGACGGCUCCAUUAUAUUGUACUUGUGCUGAAGAGCGUAUGCUGCUCGAAAAGGCGCAGCUUCGUUUAAGUCUUACCAAUAAAAGGCUGGAAACAACGGCGGAGGAAGACGAAGAUGCCGCAAUCUCUGUGAAGAGUUUCACCUUCUUACAGAAAGUGGUGGCUUUCUUUGAUCUGGAUUUGUUGCGUGAUUUCACGUUCGUCAAUCUGGUGAUGGGUUUGACGAUUAUCAAUUUCGGUGAAUUGAAUUUUUCCAUACUAACGCCAUUCAUACUAAAUGACUUCGGAUUUACCACCUCGCAAAUCACGUCGGCUAUGUCUGUGCUGGGUGGUUUGGAUAUUAUUGUGCGCUUCAUUGUGCCUUUCGUCACAGAGAAAAUACCGUGGGAUAAUCGUGUCUUCUUCCUAAUAGGCGUCGUUGGUAUUGCACUCGGACGCACUGUCGUCGCCUGCACUCGCUCCUACACGGUCAUACUGUGCACCUUCGUUUGGAUUGGAAUGUGCAAAGGUGUGCGCACCAUUUUCUGGCCGCUGAUCAUACCCGGUUGUGUUCCGCUGAAACGUUUGCCAGCUGCUUCCGGCUUGCAAUUGCUCAUAUCCGGUCUGUUUACUUUUGCCUGCGGACCUUUUGUGGGUCUUAUACGCGAUCGCUUCAACUAUUCGAUCACGCUGCAUUUCCUCAAUAUGAUGUCAUUUAUAGCUGCCAUCUCAUGGUCGCUUGAGGCGCUGGUGCGCCGUUAUCGCCGUCGUUGCCGCGAACGCAAACGAACUUGCGCCACAUGACUAUACGCCGUUAACGUAAUGUAAUUUUGCUUGAGUCUACGCUAGAUGCCGCUCCCGUAUCACGGACGCAAACCAGAUACUUUUCCAACACAAAAGAGCUGUCAUCAUGCUUGUAAAUAUGUAUAUAUGGGCAUAAAUUGGAAAUGUGUGGGAAACUACUAUAUAAGUACAUACAUAUAUACUUAGUUUAUGAGUUUAAUGACAUACGUAAUGUCAUAUAUUUCCUACAAUAUGUAAUAUAACAAUUAACAUAUGUAGAUAUAAUCUUAUGUAAAUACCAUACAUGUAUGUAUGUAUGUAUAUCCACUUAUCUUCAGAUCAGCAUAUUUAAGCCAUACGAAUUACAUUUAAGGUAGAAAACGUCUAGUUGUCAACAAAACUUAAUUUUAGAUCCAAGAUCCAAAGAAAUACAUCGCCAACGGUUGCCAAGUUCUGAUCAAAAACCGCCGAAUCGCUAACAAAACUUAAUUUUUAGCCAUUUCAAUACCAUUGAUGCAGAAAUAUUACAAUGGCUAUAGAAUUCAUAAAUGUUAGCAAAAUAAAAAAUAAUAAUAUUUCUCCAGCGGAUGCAAGAUCAAAUCAUCAAAUAUCGACAUUAUAUGAUAUGUGUAUAUAGUAUGUAUUUGUAAAACUUAAUUGUAUUACAUCGAUUUGCAGAAUGUAAAAACUAUUUUAAUAAAACAAUACAUAUGAACCUACUGAACUUAAAAAUG